GGCAAAUUGCCCCCUGGGAACAAGGUUGUUACAUAAAUUCCAAAUCUUUAGAUUGUUAGCACAUUAAAUAAUUUUAGGACUGAAAAUGCUGAUCAGGUAACAACAACAAUACUGAUCUAGUUUAUUUGCGCAAAGUCUAGACAGCAGACAAUAGACAAGGUCAAUUCAAAUAAGAGCCUGUAUGGUGGAGAGCAUAUUUGUUUGUUGUUGCUUGAUAAAUAAUUACCAGAUUUAAAGAUAGUUGGGGAAAAGAACAGUUGGAAUAAUAUGCUAGCGAGAUUAAGCGUUAUUGCAAUAGCAAUUUUGAAGUUUUGCAAGAAAUAAUCAAAGAAGCUUGUAGAAAAAAUAAUUGGAUAUCCUUUUGAAGAAAGACACGCUACAAACCAUGAUGGACAGAAGAAAAGAAAACCGCAGGAGAUUCUUCUGCUCAGCCGUUGCAGUUUCAUCAGCUGCUUUUUGCACUAACCCGAUUGAUGUUAUCAAGGUCCGGUUACAACUGGAUAACCAGCUUGCUGGCACUAAAAACAUAUUUGCGAAUCGAUAUUAUAAUGGUUUUCUUCGUGGUGGAUUAUUGAUCGUGAAGGAGGAGGGGAUUGCUGGACUUUAUAAAGGAGUCGUGCCAUCCGUCUUACGCGAUGGAACGUAUAGUACGUUUCGACUUGGAGCAUAUGAGCCUGUUAAAGGUCUUUUAGGUGCAUCAGGACCUUACUCGCCAUUAUGGAAAAAGAUUGUAGCUGGGGCGACGACCGGAGCGGUUAGCAGUGCUAUUUGCACUCCGACAGAUUUAGUUAAAAUUCGAAUGCAAGGUCAAGGAAAGCUAGCCCUAGGAGAAAAACCUCGGUACAGUGGUACGUUUGCAGCAUUUCGUGAGAUCGCUAAAAAAGAAGGCAUCUUAGCACUAUGGAAAGGAGUAGGGCCGACCGUCCAGAGGGCAGCUAUUCUAACUGCAGCUCAAAUCCCUACUUACGACCACACGAAAUAUAUGUUAAUACAUCGAGAUUUAAUGGAAGAAGGACUGAAAAUACAUUUAGUGUCGGCCAUGUUUGCUGGCUUUGUGACUGCUUUCGUCACCAAUCCAAUUGAUGUUAUAAAGACAAGGAUCAUGAACGAAAAUGUUCAGUCUCAACAACAGAGGAUCUACACGUCCAGCUUUUCAAGCUUCAUGAAAAUCUUAAAAACUGAAGGUGUUUUGGGUUUGUACAAGGGCUUUAUUCCGAAUUGGUUAAGGCUUGGUCCACACACUGUUAUAACAUUCUUGAUAUUUGAAAAAUUGAGAAAAACGUUAGGCUUAAAACCAGUUUAAAAAUAUUAUGAAAGUUUUUAACAUUGGAAAUGAUAACUUUGCUUUUAAAUUAAAUCGAAACUGCAUAAUGAAACAAAGCACGUUGAGUUUGGAGCCAGAACA